AUGAAACGAGAUGUCGCCAUCGUCCCGACGAUUCCGCUGCCGGCUGGCGAUGGCCACGCGGCCGACGCGCUGUUCGCGGCAAUCCUGCCCUUUGCCAGCGCGGUGCUGCUGCCUAUGUCCUCCAUCACAAAAACUGCCUUGAAUUCUCUUGGCGUCAGGGCAUUUUCACAAGGAGCCCUUCCUUCGACGUCCAACGGAAUGGGACGCGGAGCGGUGGGGGCGCAGACCUAUGACUACCGCGCUGAGAACGCCACCGCCGCCGCCGGCAGCACUGCAGGCGAUGCCACUGGCGCCACACAUCACAUCCUCGGCGGAAGGAGGCAAGGAGCUGCGGACAAGAGCACCGUCCCGCCUUCCCACAUUGCGGGCCUUAUGAGCCAUGGUCACAUCUUAAGUCACAUCAAAGCUAGGUCACAUUCAUUCUUCAUGGCGCCCGUGCUGCUUUCCAAGUCCUUCCUUCCUGCCGUCCCCGGCCCCAACGGGUUCGCCGCUAAAUGGCUUAGACGGGUCCAUUCGGUUCUGCGGGAGGAGUUCGGCUACUCGCUAUCCGACCUUCGGCAGUUCGAUUUCGCGGCCUUGCUGACCGAGGGAACCCCUGCGGUGUCGGCCGCCAUCGUGGACGUGUACGGCGCUGAUGCAGCGGAGCUCUACCUAGUUGCAACGCGUACGGUGCUUCAGCGGCAGGGAUAUGGCACCUCCCUCGUACGACAACUUAGUGCAGAGCUGGGAAAAAUUGGGGUACGGCGACUGCUGGUGUCGGUGGAUGAUGACGACGAGGAGAACCAAAGGUUAUGGCGCGAUAAGUUUGGAUUCAAAUCGCUUUCAGCUUCGGAGUUGUAUGAGCUAGGUUGCAGCUUUGGAACAUUCAGUGCACCCGCAACUAAGGGGACGGUUUUCCUGGUGCGGAAGCUGUGCG